AAACAUCUGAGAAUCCAUCCAGGCCUUGACUCGCUUCCGGUCUUCCUGAACCGUGGCAACACUCAAUAUAUUCACGCAUUCCCGUCUCCGAUGCAACAUCCGCAUCUAGAGUCGUUGAAAUCUUCUAAUCCUCACGAUGGACCCCUCGCGUGAAGACGCCAUCCACCACGAGCGCCAUGUCAAGGUGAUCUGCGUGGGCGCCGGUGCCUCGGGACUCUGUCUGGCAUACAAGCUGCAGCGCUCGUUCGCCAACUUUUCCCUCACCAUCUACGAGAAAAACCCCGACGUGUCCGGUACGUGGUACGAGAACCGCUAUCCCGGCUGCGCCUGCGACGUGCCCUCGCACAACUACGUCUAUUCGUUCGAGCCCAAGGCCGACUGGUCGUCGGUGUACGCCGGCUCGUCCGAGAUCCGCAGCUACUUCGCGGGCUUUGCGCAAAAAUACGGCCUGGCGCAGUUCAUCCGGCUCGAGCAUCGCGUCACCGAGACCAGAUGGGACGCCCAGAAGGGCCAGUGGCUCGUGCAGGUUCAGGAUCUAGCGUCGGGCGAGACCCGCGCCGACUGGUGUCACAUCCUGGUCCACGCCACGGGGUAUCUGAAUAAGCCGGCGUGGCCGGACGUCCCGGGGCUGGACAGCUACCAGGGCGUGAAGCUGCACAGUGCGGAUUACGACGAGACCGUGUCGCUGGAGGGUCGCGAUGUGCUGCUCAUCGGGGGUGGCUCCUCGGCGGUGCAGAUCCUUCCGGCGAUUCAGCCGAUCGCGAAGAGCGUGACGAUCUUCAUUCGAUCGCCCGUGUGGGUGUUGCCCGAUAUCAGCUCCGAGGCGGGCGCCUUCUCGAAAGAGGAGAUUGAGCGGUUUGUCGAGGAUCCGGAGAGUGUGUUGGAGUUGAGGCGGAAUAAUGAGCGCACGAUGAACAGUAUUUUCACGGUCUAUCUCAAGAACACGGUCUUGCAGGAACAGUGCAAGGGUCUACUCGAGUCGGAAAUGAAGAAGCUUUUCCAAGACAAGGAGCUCGAAGAGAAACUCAUCCCCGACUUCGCUGUCGGCUGCAAGAGAGUCAUCCCCUCCGGCUUCCGCUAUCUCAAGACCCUCCAAAAAGACAACGUCAGCAUUGUCCACGGCAGCGUCACCUCCUUCACGGAAUCCGGCUGCACCAGCAACAACGAAACCGCCCACUCCGGCGACGUGAUCAUCUGCGCCACCGGCUUCGACACCUCCUACAUCCCCCGAUACCCCAUCCUCGGCCCAUCCGACCGCAACCUGCAAAACGAAUGGGCAGACUCCGUCACCGGCUACAUGGGAGUCGGCAUCCCCGAGUUCCCCAACACCUUCACGAUGCUGGGUCCCUGGACGCCCGUGUCCAACGGCCCCACGCUGGUCGCCAUCGAAGCCCAGGCCGACUACAUCUGCUCCUUCAUCGACCGGUUCCAGACCGAGCCGAUCCACAGCAUGGCGCCCAAGCAGCGCGCCUGCGACGACUUCAAGGCCCACGUCGCCUCCUUCAUGGACAAAGCGGUCUGGACCGACCGCUGUCGGAACUCGCAUAACAACCACACCAUCGGGGGCCGGGUCCCGACGACGUGGCCGGGAAGUACGCUGCACUAUUUGGAGGCGAUGAAGGAGCCCAGAGCAGAUGAUUGGGAGAUUGUGUAUGAGGGGAAUCGGUUCUCGUGGCUGGGGAUCGGCGUUUCGCAGACCGAGUGGGAUCCGACGGCGGAUCUAGCGUAUUAUAUUCGUCAGAAGGAUGAUGGGCCUUGGGAGAGUCGGAGGAAGAGGACUCUGGAGAGGGCGAAGACGGGCAGUAUGCCUCCGAGGGCGCUGCAUCGGCAGGCGAAGUUGGCGGCGGCGGUAGGCCAGAGUAAUGGGGCGGCAGAGAAGGCUGGGUCGGAGGACCAGGAAGGAAGUCCGAAAAAGAAGUCCCGAGUUGCUGAGACCGUGGUGCCUGUGGAGACUUCGUAGAUUCCAGGAUGGAUGGACUUUUGGCGUUCGAUAUUGCAGCGUUCCGGGUGAACGUAAUCAGCUCUGAAAGUAGAACACUCUGCUAAUUCAUGACCAAGAUAAUAUCAUAUUGCUGCUGCACCAUUCA